AUUUUGUCCAAACAGUUGAGUCUCGACAUCGACUGCAAACGCGCGCAGCACGGCAAAAACAAAUAGCAAUAAUAAUAAAUUUAAAUUUAAAAUACAAAAAUUAUUUAAAAAUUUUUGAAAAAAUUUCAAAGAGAAUUCCUUGCAAAUAAAUCCAGUAUGUCUGAGGCAGCAGCAGCAAAUGGCGCGGCAGCAACUGAGGCACCUGCCGCAGAGUUGGCAGAGCUGGCGCUGGAGGAGACCGCACCGAAGGUUACCUUCUCGGAUCAGUUCAAGGCAUUCUCCAAAUUCGGCGAUUGCAAGUCCGAUGGCAAGCUGAUAACGCUCUCCCAGAGCGAUAAGUGGAUGAAGCAGGCGAAGGUGAUCGACAAGCAAAUCACAACCACCGACACUGGCAUACACUUUAAGAAAUUUAAGGCCAUGAAAAUUUCAUUGGCUGACUACAAUAAAUUCCUGGAUGAUUUGGCCAAGACGAAAAAGGUUGAGCUGGCGACAAUCAAGCAGAAGAUGGCAGGUUGUGGUGCUCCAGGAGUUUUGUCGGUUUCGGCUGGCAAGGCUGCUGCUGCUGUGGAUCGGCUAACGGAUACCAGCAAGUAUACGGGUUCCCACAAGGAACGCUUUGAUGCCACUGGCAAGGGAAAAGGCAUCGCCGGAAGACGCAAUCUGGUGGAUGAUUCGGGUUAUGUGAGCGGCUAUCAGCAUAAGGACACCUACGAUGGCGCUACUAAAGAAUAAACUCUUAAGUCCCACCUUCUUCACUGUUUCCCAGUGUUUGUCUCAUAUUCUUCAGAUCUUUAGAUAAUUUAUUGUUUGUCUCUAACGGUAGCACCAGUUAUUUUCCUUAAACGUAUCAUUUUCCUUGCUAUCUAAGCUAAGUUGUGCUUAAGUGAUUUAUUUUAAAAUAAAUUAUUAAUAUUUAAAA